UGUUUGGACAGAACCAAAGUCAUUCAAUGCGGAGCGACGUACGUCGACCUUGGUGAUCUUGCUGAGUCCGUGAGGCCAAACGGCAAAAUGUCGACGAACGUAGUUGCAUGCGGGAUUGACUACAUCAACAACCACACCGAUGUGUGCGCCGACAAGACAAUCAUGCAUUACAGUGUGACCUGCAAAAUAUGGGACGGUGACUUCCACCACAAAAUCCUGAGGAAGAACUUUGCCCAACACGGUGAUUUCAAGCUCACAAUGAAGAAAUAUGUCAUGUUCCCCAUGUUCCAGGAGCUUUUACCACAUGACCCACACGACAAGUGUGGUCACCACUACGUGAUCUGUCUUGACCUGAAGAACCAACAUGUUGAGGUGCUUGAUUCAAUCCGUUCGGAAGAUGAUGUAGACCUCACCACGCAUGCUGAAUUCUUCAUUAAGAACCUCAAAGAGACAUGGCACCGUGACUAUGAACACUCAAAGGUCUAGAUCAGUCAUUUCCCAACUUAGUAUGUGGCGACUACAAAGCAAGGGAACACGUAAUUCCUUCCUCCCUUUUCGUCUGCCAUUUUACAUCAAUCCAAUUCCUGUUUUGUUUGUCAGAUCUGAAAUUGAAGUCUGUCUUUUGUUACGUCUGAGCUCUUUGCGUGGUCACGUUACUCUUUUCCUCGUGCAGGACGGACUGUGGCUUUCACGCGCUGGAGUACCUUGCGAAGUGGGA